AGAAAUAUCUGCCUCUGCAAGGAAGUUGUUCAAACCUCCAACAUGUCCCAAUCAGCCGAUUCUUCGAAUGUUACAAGACGAGAAGCAGUAAAAGAAUAUCUUGAGUCCACCGUUGUUCCUGUUUUGUCCAGAGCACUGACGGACAUGUGUGUGCAACAACCAGAUGAUCCUUUCAAAUGGCUUGCAAGGUGGUUGAUAGAAAACCAUCCAACAUCUCCCCAGCAAGCUGAAUGGUGUGAAACACUGGUUCACAAACUCUCGCAAGGUGAUUUCUUUGGAGAGAUUGCUCUUUUGAGUGGUAAGCCUCGACAAGCAACUGUGAAGGCUGUUGGAACAGUCACGUUGCUUGUUCUCAGCAGAGACGCUUUCACUAGGCUCUGCGGCAAUCUUUUUGAGAUCUUGAGGCGCAACAUGGAAUCUUACAAGUCUAUCGAAUUACCAGAAGCGAUCACGGAUGAUGCGAAAGAACAGAACGGUCCCGAAGAAGAGAAUGAAGAUGAUGCACCACCAACCCCACCUCCUGCGAAUGUUAGGAGGGGGAGACGUGGCACAGUAUUCGUGGAGGCAGCUCAGAUUGAAGAUGGUUGGACUCCUCCAUCGUACCCGAAGAGCGAAGAAGAAAUCCAGCGCCUUGAUGAGCAUAUUUCCAAAACUGCUUUGUUGGCUUACUUGGACCCAAAAGCGCGCACAACGGUGAUCGAAGCAUUUGAGAAGAAAACUUUCAAUUCUGGAGAAGAUAUUAUUCGACAGGGCGAUGAUGGUGAUUACUAUUAUAUCUUGGAUUCUGGAAAGGCAGAUGUAAGCAGUGCUUGUAUUUUUGUUUUUGAGUUAAGAGGUGGAUCUUUUGGAGAACUUGCCUUGUUGCAUGGAGAGCCUCGCAACGCAACCAUUCGCACAACCCAGUCGUGCGUGACAUGGGCUCUGGAUCGAGACACCUUCCGCAAAAUCAUGAUGCAGAGUGGAAAGCAAGACAUGAACGAUCGUCUUCAAUUCUUGUCUAAGGUUUCACUUCUAGCUGAGUUGACACAAUAUGAGAAAUUCAAGAUCGCGGAAGCAAUGAAGUUGAGGACUGCUGAGCCAGGCGAAACUAUCAUUCAGGAAGGAGACGUCGGAAAUGAGUUUUUCAUUAUUCAAAGCGGAAACGUGAACUGUUACAAGCGUACUCUCAAAUUUUAA